AUGCUGCGUUUCUUUCACUCUAGCGCAGAUUCAGGCCAAAAACUGAUCAUUUGUCUACCUCCUAAGUAUGUGCACAUAACUUGCCUUGGUAAAGCCAUUAUGUAUGCAAAAUCGCACCCAAGCUUCUUCAUUCUCACGCAACGGCGAUUUAACUUUACAAGCUUUACAAAUCUGUGUAUUACGCACUGGUUUUCCGGAUCAGAACCAAUUGCACCUAACCUCAUUUGUCACACAACCAUAUCUGGCACAAUGGAUCCCACACAUUCCGAUGCAGAAAGCGAUUUCCCUCCACAACCUGUUCAGUCUCUUGUGGCCCGUAUAGCAGAAAUUCUUCGUUCCAGAGGCCAAACGCUAGCUACAUCUGAAGCAGCUUGCGGAGGUCUUCUCUCUGCGUACUUGGUUUCAGUUCCAGGCGCCUCCGAUUUCUUUUUGGGUGGAAAACUAGUCUACCUGUUACGGCAGCGGCUCAAAUUGUCGGGCUGGAGCGAUGCCGAAAUCGGCUCUUACAUGGGUCCGCUGGAACAAGUGGCCCUCAAGUUGGCUCGAACUGCCAAAUAUGAGUUGGGCCUGACCUAUGUUUUGUCUGAAACAGGUUUUGCUGGUCCUUCGACAGCGCUACAUUUGGGCUCCGAUCGUUCGGGCGAAGAUGCUGUCGGAACCGUAUUCUUGGGUCUCAGCGGGCCCCAGGGUGAGAUUUCUUGUCGCCGAGUCACUGGAAGCUCUGCUAGAGCAGCCAACAUGGAGAAGUUCGCUUUGGAGGGUUUGAAGUUCUUGUUAGAUUGUCUUGAGGGAGAAAAUAAGGUGUGA